AUGCGCAUUCUCUCUCAGGACCUGAGCAAGGAGAUCGAGGCCAAGCGCGAGGUCCUGGAGCAGAUAGAGAAGGAAACGCAGGAGCUUCAGGGUCAGCGGCCGGAGCUGGCGCAGAUGCCACGUCAUGCAGUCGGCAGCCAAGGAGCUCGCCCAGGAGGGCAAGGAGAUGAAGCAGGAGCUCAGCGACCGGCAGAUCCGCAUCGAGGUGCUCGCGAGCGUACUGUGCACGACGCGCAAGGGCUCGAGGACACGGAGGCCAACCUGGACCAGGGCCUGCCCACACCCGACUCGCUCGAACAGCUGGCCGCCAAGCAGGAACAGCUCCAGAAACUUUACGAAGUCACAAAGAAGAAGAUUGAUGCUCUCUAUGACCUGGCUGCCGAAGCGGGAUCAGAUGAGCCGGACCUGCAGCGCACCCUGGCUGAAAUCAUGGAGCGCUGGAAGCAAAUCAAGAACAUCUUGGAGUCUUGGCUGGAGUCGCUCGACAACACGGGUGAGAAGUGGAAGGUGAUCGUGACGAGAGUCGAAGAAGUCGUCACCUGGGUGACCGAAAAGGAGCGGCAGAUGGAAGAACCACUGAAGGGAACCACGCCCCCUGAAAUGGAGAAGCAGAAAGAGUCACUGAGGAACCUCGCCAAUGAAGUGACCCGCAAGCAGCAAACUCUGAGUGAGUUGCAGAGCAACAUUGAGCAGCUUGGUCCUGGUCUUUCCCACACAGCACUGACAGCCCUGCACGCUCAGGACGUGGUGCAAGUCCGACACGACCAAUUCAUCGUGCUGCCCGGCGCCUGUGUUCGUCGCAACGGUACGAGGUUUGCUGCCUUCCAGUAG